AUGAACGAUUUAGAAAUAGUUUAUAAACUUCGUAAACGAAUUAAUAAUCUUGAAAAUAAAUUAAAAAGUUUAACUUAUGAAAAUGUUAAUGGUAAUCCUGAUAUGAAUAGACGAACUAUUGCACGAAUUAAUAAAAUAGAAGCACGAAUAAUUAAACUUAAAGGUAUACACAAUGAUAAAAUUUAUCAAGUUUAUUCAGGAUCAAUUAAUAGACCAAAAACAGUAUCAAUUAUUUCUGAAAUUGAAAUGAAAAUUAUUGAAAUUGAUAUUGGAGAUAAUAUAACAACAUUAAAAAUGAUACCAAUGUCAUUUAAAUUAGAUGAUAAAAAACGAGCAUUAAAAGAUAUUAUUUAUCCAACAGAUGGUACUGAUAGAAAUCUUAUUAAUAUUCUAGCACGAUAUAGAACAAUUAUUAAUAAAUCAAAAGAUUUUCGUCGUGAACCAUUUCAAGUUAGAACAAAUUCAACAGAAACUCUUAUUAUUUUACUUGAUGCUUUUGUUCGUCAAUAUGAAGGAGAAUUAAGUUUUACUAAUGAAGAUAUUUGUUUUUCUGAUAGUACUCGAUAUAUAGCAUCUGGUAUUGCUAAUUUAGGUAGUCUUCAUUUACUUGCUGCUAAUUAUAUACUAACAGCAAAAUUUUCAAUUAAAAUAAAUCUUAAUUAUGAUCGAGAACUUACACGAUCUAGUUCAAUAAUGAAAAAUUUUAUUCUUGAUUUAAAUAAAUCUAUAGCUAAUGUACUUCAUUGUAAAAAUGAUUUUAUUAGAAUAUUUUCUAUUGAAAAAAUUGAUAAUAAACAUGGAAUGAUACAAGUUAAUUUUGGUCUUACAACACCUGAUAAAAAUCAAACAGAAUCUCUUGCACGACAUUUUCAAAAUCUUGUUCGUCGAACUGAUUUUCGAAAUGAUAAAAUACUUCGUUCUAUUCAAUCAGAUCGUUAUCAAUAUGAAUUAAUACCUAUUCUAUCUUAUCUUCAAUUAAGUUCAAAAGAUUUUGAUAUUAAUUCUAAUUAUGAUUAUACACAAACAGAUUUAUCUAAACAAGUUCAAUGUGGAAAUUAUCCAUAUUAUCUUCCAAUUGGUUGGUUUCGUCAUGCAAUAAAUCUUAAUAAUAAAUAUUCUGAUAAUUUAUUUUGGCUUACCACUCGUAAUAUCAAUGAUGAAUGGCCUAUUGCUUUUCAUGGUACACAUUCACCAACGUUAACCAAUAUUACUCAAUCAACUCCUCUAUUCAAUUCUAUAAAGACAGAUUCUAUGAACAAUGAAGAUAUUCAUCGAAUAACAAAGGUAGAUUCUGGAUCAGCUAUUUAUGUAAUAACACAUUGUAAUGAUGGUGCUGAUGCGUAUACAACACCAUUUACGAUCUUAAAUGGAGAUAAUAAUGAAACAUUUAAACUUGUUUUUCAAUGUCGUGUUAGACCUAACUCAUUCACUAUUUAUAAUGGUCCAAAUGAUCUUGGUCAAUUAUGGCAAAUAACUGAUCCACAAGCAAUUCGUCCUUAUGGUUUAUUAUUAAAGAGAGAAACUAUAUUAUUUUAG